GAGUUGGGUGGUAGGCGGGGCCUGUACCCGGAAGGGGCGCGGCGAAGGGCGUGGCCAGGGCGUGGCGCGAAGCGGGAGGGCUCCGGCAACCGCCUUUCCAUGGGGUUCUCCCCCGCUCCCGCCCUCCCGCCGCAGCCGAGGGGCUCGGGAUGGCGCCGGGGGGCUCCGGGCUGGCCGUGUCCCCCCCCUUGCUGCAGUGGGGGGCUCAGGUGGGGCGGGGGGCGCGGCGGGCGCUGCUGCGGGGGGGGCUCCUGCUGUGCCUGGGGCUCCUCCUGCUCUGGGCCUCCAUCUUCCUCUACGGCACCUUCUACUGGGCUUACCUGCCCAUGGCCACCGUCGUGCGGCCCGUGCACCUGGGCUUCAGGUCGGACUGUGACGUUGCCCCCCCCGAGCUCUGCUCCUUCCCCACGGCCAACGUGUCCCUGCUGGGGGAGCACCGUGAGAAGGUCUUCCCCCCCCAGACCAUGCUCCAUUACCGCUCCCGCCUGCUGAGGACCCUCCACACCGUGGCCUUCGCCGGACUCUUCCUCAGCGGCUUCGCGGAGCAAACCCAGACCCUGGAGGUGGAGCUGAUGGACCGCUACCGCGAGGACCCCUACAACCCGACGGUGGAGGUGGUGCUGGAGCUGCGGAGCCGGCGGGUGCAGCUUUACAGGGCCCAGCUGAGGGUCCACGCCCACUUCAGUGGGCUCAGGUACCUGCUGUACCACUUCCCGCUCACCUGUGCCCUCCUGGGGGUCGUGGGCAAUUGGACCCUCCUGGCUCUGCUGACCCUGGGGGGGUACCUGCAGUGGGGGAGGGGCAGCCCCUGGCCCCGCCCCCCCCGCGCCCCCCUGCAGGACACGAGGAGCGAAGGGACCGGAGACCCCCCUGGGGAGGGGGAGGGGCAAGAUUCCUCAGAAUGCCCCCAGAGUUCGGAAGAGCCCGAAAUUGUGGGACCCUCGGAGCCAGACGAAGAUCCCCCCCUGCUCGUAGCCGCAAAUGCCCCCCCCCAAGGUAAGGAAGAGGAGGAGAGGUGGGGGAUGAGGGGGUCGGGGACAGGAGGGGUCACCCUCACGGCCCCCCCCCUCCCCCCGGAGCGCCCCUCCCCCCGCCAGCGCCAUCUCUGCUCCAGCUCCUGAACCCCCUCCCCAAAUUAGGGGGGACCCCAAUAAACGCCCCUCCCCCACCUCCA